AUGACUCUUGCCGGAAGCUGCCUGUGCGGCGGCGUUACGUACGCUGCUGAUGUCGACAAGUACCUGUCCGCUCUUUGCCACUGCACUGAUUGUCAGAAGUGGACGGGCGGUGCCUUUACCUCCAAUGCGGUCGUUCCCCGCACCAGUGUGAAAGUGACCAAGGGAACAACAAGCUCCUACGACGCCAUCGGCGCCAGCGGCAAAAUCAACAAGCACUUCUUCUGCCCCACCUGCGGCUCAAGCCUCUACACCGAAAUCGAGAUCAUGCCCGAGAUGACCUGUAUCAAGGCGGGCACUUUGGAUGGUGGCGAGGCUAACCUGGGCGGAAAGAUCGAUAUCGAGUUCUAUGUUAAGGAUCGCCCUAGUUAUCUGGCUCCUGUUGCUGGUGCUAAGCAGGAGCAGACUUUUGGUUAA